AUGGAAUGCCUGAGGUGGCAGCUGGGGCUAAGGGCGUCGAAGCAGUUGCUGACUAAAGUCACCAAGAAGUCGCCUAAGAAGCGGAGGAAAUCUCGCAAGCAGAGCUAUUCCACUUAUGUGUACAGGGGGCUGACCCAGCUCCACCCUUCCACCAGGAUCUCGUUCAAGGCCAUGAGUGUUACGAACUCCUUCACUGUCGGCAUUUUCAAGCGCAUCGCCUCCGAGGCCUCGCACCUCAUUCACUACAACAACCGCCACACCAUCUUGUCCAGGGAGAUCCAGAGUGCCAUCCGCCUCAUGCUGCUGGGGGUGCUGGCCAAACACACUGUCUCCGAAGGCACCAAAACAGUCACCAAAUACACCAACUCCGUUUAG